GGCACAACCAUGAAUUGCCCGACCCAUGGCUCACAUCUCCCAGCUUCAGCCCAUGCGGCAAACCCUCCCUGAACAUCACCCGAUGUCGACUGCUCGAUCUGAUCUCUGCAGCGGGGGUGACUGCGAAUUCCACAUCACGUGUAGUUCUCCGCACGGGGCAACCCGGGACGUAGGAGCUUGCUUCAUAAGUUCGUCACCAGAUCCUCAACCUCAUCUACAAAUUGACCCCCGCCACCACCCGUAACCGCCAUCACGAAGCCAACGCUCACAAUGCUCCGCACACACUUCAUCAAGACCGCUCGCAUCGCCGUGCCCCGCCGGCUGCUCUCCACCACACCGCGGGUUAUGGCCGGCGAAACGGGCUCUGGUGCCUCCCGCCCUGGCGGCGAGCGUGCUGGUGAUGCUUUCACCAAGCGCGAGCGCUCUGCCGAGGAGUACUACAUCCACGAAGAAGAGAAGGCCAAGCUCUUGGCCAUCCGCGAGAAGCUGCGGGCCCAGAAGCAGCACAUCGAGGAGCUCGACAAACACAUG